AUGGGAAGAGGAUUCUAUACUUUAAAGUUCAUCGACAAGGAAGAUAAAGCUACCGCUAAACGACAUGUGAUCUGGGAUCUUCCUGCCGGUUCGAUACGUCUUCGUGAUUGGGUUCGCUAUUUUAACCCCUAUAAAGAAUCGUCCCCCUUGGCUCAAGUUUGGGUGAGAGUCUAUUACCUGCCGGUGGAGUUCUGGCAUCCGGAGGUUCUUUCGGGCAUAGGUCGAUGGUUGGGACAACCUUUGAAGAUUGAUGGAAUGUCUAUUGAUGAUGAAGUAGCUCACUUUGCUCGUAUUUUAGUGGAAAUUGAUCUCUCUCAACCUCUCCCGGAAUUCAUGACGAUCGAUGGAGGCGAGUAUUUUUUUAACAUUGAAUUCAGUUAUGAAUAUAUUCCUUUAUAUUGCACUAUAUGUAAGAUAACUGGACACUCGCCGGACAAGUGUCGGCGAGGAAAAACAGGGAAAAAUGUUGAACCUGAGGCGAAGAUCAUUAGAGGCCCGGAAUGGCAGGCUGUUGUGGAGGCCAAGAGUAAGCAGCCUCUCGAUGGAGAGGUGACAUCUGACUCAGAGUCGGAAGAUGGAGCUAAGGAAGUGAGUGUUUCUGCGCACAAGGAGUUUACAGGGCCGGAUCUUUUGGAAAAUUUGUGUAACAGGAGCUCGGGGUCUAACCACAAUCAACUGGGGUCCCAGGAUGGUAACAGAUUCGCAAUCCUCGAAAAUUCCUCGAUUCAAGAGGAUUUGGUGACUAACAAGCAGGAUACCAUUCUUAAGAACACAGCGGGGGACAUCGACAUGAACACUGCUUCGUCAGAAAAUUAUAAUAAUCAAGGAAUGAGAUCUCAACAGCAAGAGAAGGGUUGGGAAUUUGCUGCCACUAAACAUAUUUCUCUGGAGCUUAGCAUCGAACAGUUGAGAGAUGCUACUGAUAAGAGGGAAUCUCAGCAGCCUCUUUCGGUGGAAAUUUUCCCAAAAGAGAUGGGGGCGUCAAUUUAA